AUGGAUGGUAUGGGCUGGCGGGACUCCGUUCGCAUCAAGCAGCAGCAACUGUGGUCCGAGGUCCCGCCCAAAUGGAAGGUCGACGACCAUCUCCCCGCGCAGGACAAUGUAAUCGACACCGUCCCUGCGUACCUGAGUACUGCAGACCGCGAGAUCACGGAGAUGCCACUGGGUCAGCUGCUGGACAGUCUGCGCUCCAACGAGGUUACUGCUCAGGAGGCGCUUGCUGCCUUCGCCCACCGCGCUCUUGUUGCACACCAAUUUAUUGGUGAAACAGCGAACAACAUCAUUGGUUGCACGGUCAACCCCUACAAUGGAAACCUCUCGGCUGGAGGCGCCUGCGGUGGCGAAGGUGCCUUGCUUGCCCUCAAAGGUUCUCCCCUCGGCAUAGGAACCGAUGUCGCAGGCUCCGUUCGCAUCCCAUGUUCCUUCAACGGGCUUUGGAGCCUGAAGUGCUCCGAAGGUCGCCUCCCGCGUAGUGGUCUCGCAACCGUACUUUCUGGGAUGCCGACCGCUUCUGGGUCGAUUGGCCUCAUCUCGAACGAUCUAGGCGGUGUUUCGAGAGUAUUUCAAGCAUUGCUAAGCUCCGAGCCCUGGGGUCUGUCUGAUGUGGAUGUGCUUGAACUCCCGUGGAGACAGGAGAAACUCGAUGCCAUACGUCGACGCAAGAGCCGUAACGGCUCCUCGGGAAGGCUUGUCUUUGGGGUCGUGGAGUGUGACGCACAUGUCACGCCUCAUCCUCCUGUCGCAAAAGCUAUCGCCACUACGAUCCAGGCACUCGAACGUUACGGCUACGAAGUCAUCAAGUGGAACCCACCACCCCACGCCCCAGCCGUAAACAAUCUUUUCCAGAUCUUCGGCUCAACGUCUGCCCGGGAAGCACGCGAGGCCAUUAAUGCAAGUGGGGAGCCUCCGAUAGCUCAGCUUAAAGAGUGGUACGAGCAGGGCGAUGUUCCUCCCAAUAGCAGCGCGGACUUUUGGAACCUUUGCGAUCAGCGAGACAGGUAUCGUGCACAAUACUCAGCCUACUGGGCGUCGACUGGCGACAAGACCCUUUCUGGACGUGUACCUGAUGGGAUCAUUCUGCCGGUGGCGCCGACGACUGCAGUGCGGAGUGGCGAGUUCCAUUAUUAUGGCUACUCUGCUAUAGCGAACGUCCUUGAUCUUCCAUCUGGAACCAUUCCCGUCUCGGGUAUCCAUCAGCUACCGGACGAGCCGCAAGACAGGGGGCAGUUCAAUCGAAACGAAUUAGAUGCAAGAAUUCAGAUGUCUUACAGGAAGGAGGAGUCAUAUGGUAUGCCUGUUGGCAUACAGGUCAUGUGCCCACGCUUGCAGGAAGAGCAAGUGUUGGGGCUGAUGGAAGCAAUCUCUGAAGCGCUCGCUGAUGCAUCGGGACUGGCCUCGCCAUAA